UGUAUCGGUUAAGACGGAGGAUUCAGGGACAGGAGGGGAAUGGUAUACAUCCACAACAGGCUUUCUAACAGUUCCCGGGGAUAUCACGUCAGGUUAUAACGGCGCUAACAGUUAAUGGACGCACACAUACAAACCUAACAGAGAUUUAUAAGGUUACCUCUCGUUCAUCUCCAAACCAUGGCGAGAGUUAAGGCUGUUUUAAGACACAUAUAUAUCAUCACGUCCACGUUGGUCACUUUAAAGGUGUGUCAAGAUGUUUACCAUGAAUGCGAACCUUUACGAGCCUCUGUGUGUGAAUUUAUGCCUUAUAAUUACACAAUAUUACCUAACAUUUUAAACGACAACAGUCAGGAUGAUGCUAUUAUGGCUAUCAGCCAGUACAGUCCUCUGUUGAAAAUAGACUGUAGUACCAGCCUGCUACCAUUUCUUUGUGUCCUCUAUCUCCCAGUAUGUACAGUAAUGCAGGUUCCCUUGCCUCCGUGUAGAAAAUUGUGUGACGAAGUUCAAGCUGGAUGCGAGUCUAUUAUGAAUGAAUUUGGAUAUAGAUGGCCAGAGAGAUUUAAUUGUACGAAUUUUCCUACAAGUGGAUUAUGUGUUGGUGAAACUCACCUCAGACGUGAAAUGUCCUCAGAAGGCAGCACUUCCGCCUGGUCUUUAUCCUAUCCUCAGUUCACGACACCUAAACAGAUGAUGUCACGUCCAGUUGACAUCACCCUUAAACCUGGCAGCAACGAAGAAACAACAGACACUGAGGUUCCUGUGUUUAUCCUAUUGUCCUCCCUUCAUAAAUUACUUUUAUAUGACGUGUCGACCGGGGACCUCAUCACUCUUUAUUCAGGCCUUGACCAAGGAGCUGCAAUCGACUUCCAUUACAGUAAGAAGUGGAUCUAUUGGGCAAGUCACGGAGACAGCAGAAUGUACAGGGGCUCGCUCUCAUUAGACGUUCUAACUGACGUCCAUUUGGUAGUUGACGCUGUGUCGGCCACUAUUGACAGCAUUGCUGUGGACUGGAUCACAGAACUCUUGUUUUGGAUGGAGACGUAUCCUUCACAAAUUAGAGUGGCCACCCUUGACGGAAAGAAUCCCACCACCUUAUUGGAUGAAAACCUUGAUAACCCAAAGUCUCUUGUCAUCGACCCCAUUGAAGGGUACCUCUUUUGGAUAGACUGGGUGGGCACGUUAUACUCACCUUCCGCCAGUGUAGAGCGGUACAGUCUAAACAAGAGUCAACAUGACGUCAUCUUCAAUAUCACCCAGGAGAUCUUACCAAAUAUGGGCCGUUCUAUCGGACUCUGCACCGAUCAUCCAAACAAACGUCUCUACUGGGUAGAUGCCAAAUCUGAGUCAGUGCAGACAAUCACUUAUGAUGGGACUUCAUUCCGUGUCAUUGUGAAGAGUACAUUCCGAAACGGAUUGCAUAACCACAACUUCCUGUCCGAACCCCGUAGUGUUGCAAUUUUCGGAAAGAAUGCAUUCUGGUCUGAUCGUGCCACCCAGUCUGUUGUGAAGGCAAGAAAGGAUGGUAGCUCCAAAGUAAAGAUGCUCAAGACACUCACUGCUUCCGCACCACUAGAUCUGAAAGUCUUCCAUGCUCUCAUACAACCCUCAGGGACAUCGAAAUACAAGAUCCAACUAAUGUCGUCCUGUGGUGUUCUCUGGGCCAGCUAUACAACACUGAUUGCUACAGCUGUAGUCCUGUCCAUUCAAAUGGUUCCUGUUUUCCUUAGUUGACAUCAAACUGGGUAUAGUUUUAAAUAAACCACAGGUUAUCAAAGUUCUUCUCUGACAGUGGUGUGAAAAUGUUUCAGUCACAAUGAGGAACAGAUGCAGCAUCCUGUCGGGCGAAUCCACUGUAUAUGUCAGAGGAAUCAGAUUCAAAAAGGUGGAAAAUAAGAUAACUCUCUCCAGAAACAGUGAUACUGGAGAAUACUGGCCUUAGAUUGAGAUAUGGAGUUGGAAAAGGAUGUACAUUUCAGUAAAGUUUGAAUUUAGUUGUCAUUGUAAAUACUACAACACAUAUUUAUGAAUACUGCUUUUUUAUGAGUUUUGACUUUCAUUUUAUUUCUAGGAUAAAGUGACCCAUGACCUUAAUUUAACUUUUUGGAAAUAAAGUACCUGAGUUUGUAAAAUUUUUCUUGCCAGAUUUAUAAAUAAAU